AUGAAUCUGACUACGGCAGCGUGCAAAGGCUGGAAGGAUUCGGUGGAGAAGGAGGAGAGAUUGCGGUUGAAGUGGUUCAACAAGAACGAAGCCCAAUUUAUAGCAUCUACAUUGAAGGAAGGCGUGAAGCUGGUGAGCAAGGAGGAGCUGGAUAAUCUGGUAGAGACUAGGAAGGAUUUGUACACGAACGCGGAGCGCCAUCCGAGGAUCAAAACCGAAGAUGUACCGAACACGGACAAUCAUUCUGUAUACCACAUUAUGAGACCGGUUAAGCCCGAGCAUAGCACGCUUCUGUACACCAGUUCGAACGUGGGUCGAGUAACUUAUUUGGCCGCAAGGAUGCACGUGCUUCCUGAAGAUAGAUAUUAUUUCCCGGAGACCACAAGCUUUAGGUACGGCUGGAAGAUGUGGCCUUGCGCCAAGACGAUGCAAGGAUCAAAGUUUGGAAAAUCCGCUAUCAUCCGGCAAAGCUUUUACAGGCGAAGAGCUGGCAUAGAGCAGGAUCCGGAUUAUUACAUACAACCGGCGAAAUUAAGUCCGACAGUGUGCAAUUGCACUUAA